AUGGCUUCGUCAAGCAACGACACUCCACGUGCUAUAACAACAGAUUACAUAUUGAGCGAAGGUGGACAAAGAGAGGAUUUUUCAGUCGAAGAUGAAUAUAUUUACGAUGAUUAUGAUUUCGAACCGCUUCUAAGUUUUCAUGGAGAUAUGGAAUUUUCCCGGCAAUGUCAAGGACGGAAGUAUUCGCUCUUGAGGCCAAAUGUUACAGCUGAUGCUAGUACGAUAAUUCCAAUUAAAUGCAGAACCAGACGAUGUGUUUGGCGAAUUUUUAUCGCUUUACUUUUGUGUGGAUUUGGUGGUCUGUGCGGUUAUCUGAUAACUGAAAAAUACGAUAAGUGCAGUUUGGCGACCGGAGACUUCAACAUUUUUCACAAGCAGUUUGUUCUUCAAACAUCCAGCAGAAAUAUACAGCAAUUUUUCGGGUAAGUAACUGCUUAGUGCCUUCAUUUUUAGUGAUUUAAGUGAAUUAUCCCCAGUUCGCGUCAUGUUGCGUGCUAAUAAAUCAGUUCUAUGACGUGAAGUAAGGUCACGUUGCAGAAACAAGUUUACAUUCAUUCUUAAAACCUGAACAUUAGGAGUGAAGUUAAACUGAGGAACAGUGCGUUUCUUUUUAGUGUCAUUUAGCAACGUUGCCGGGAAGCGACGGUAAUCAACAGUCAGAGAUGAGGAGGAUCGGCGGGGAGAUGGAAGGGGAGAUGUAGGGGGAGAUACAAGGGGGAAAAUUUAAAAAUAACAAGCAAAGUGAUUACAUUUGAGUGUUAAUAUAUAUUUGUGCUACUACUACUAAUAAUAAUAAUAAUAAUAAUAAUAAUAAUAAUAAUAAUACGAGCAUGGUAAGAGAGCAUACAUAUCCCAGAAAACGUGGUAGAGAAUGACGAAGUCAAACUGCUGUGGGAUUUUACCAUCCAAAGUGAUCGAGAAAUGAUGACGAUGAUGAUGAUGAUGAUGACGAUGAUAAUGAUGGUGACGAAGAUGAUGAUACAAAGGGAAACAAGCCAGCAGGAAUACAAGAUUUUUAUGUACUUCUGUCACUAUCUAAGCACUGCUAA